AGGACAAGAAGGCGCGGCGGACGACAAAGAAGACUUUCCAUCAUCUCACAUCAUCUCACAUCAUCUCAUCUCUUGUCCAUCAUUCAACUUUUGCCUUCACUUUCACUUGUUUACAUCUACUACUUUUCAACCUACCUCUUAUUCUUAUCCUCCUAUCUUCAUCUCUAAACCUCGCCUCUUAAUAAACCACUACUUCUAAUUCGUCACUCCUUUUUACAACAAAGUUUACAUAUUUCUUUUAUUUUCAGUCCCCAGACGUUUGCACACUUAAAUAUAAUGAAGUUCCUCGAGUAUGCUGGCAUAGAUGCCAUUAACAACGCGCUAGUCUUUGAGACACCUGAAUGCAAAGUGUACGGUCGUAUUGAACCGUAUUCCUGUAAAGCGGCUGGAGCCGACAAGAAACUUUACAAACAAAUUGAGAUCAAGUAUGAUCCUUCCAAUAGCCCGCCAGAUGAGGAUGGCUCUGGAUCGAGCUUCCGCAAUGUCAUCUCACCUUUUGGGCCAUUGGACCAGCCUGCUUCAAGACGGACUCUCUUUUACCUUAUUGGAACCUUGAAUGCCUCAUUUCCAGACUAUGACUUUUCCGAUGCUAAGCCCGAACAAUUCCGCAAAGAACCAUCGGUAUCAAUGGUAGUCAACUCUGUCAAUGCGACGCUCUUGAACCAUGGAAACGACCGUGCAGUCAAAGAGCUCCGGAUUUGGGACUCUAUUGACAAUCUUAUUGACUUGGAGGACUCGGACGUCUAUAGCUAUAAUCCCGAGAGUGACUCGGACCCGAACGACGAGGAAGGUGGCGGGACUUUGUGGUCAUUCAACUACUUUUUCUUUAAUCGAAAAUUAAAACGCAUCAUUUACAUGACUAUGAGAGGAGUCAGUUAUGGAGCACCGUCUGAGGGCGAUGAUGAUGAUUUCUCUGAUAUGAGUGAUGAUGGCAUGGGGUUUGGACAUCGACGGAGAGGGUUACGAUAUGAUGACUACGUUGCUGGAGAGAUGGACAUGCUGUAAACGCAGCGUUCGUCUUCUUAAGGCUGCUCAGCGCUCAACAGAGUAUUCGAUACUACGUUAUGAUCUUGACAGAUGUGCCGCGGUUCAGGGUUUGGUUUCUGAUCUUAAUGCCUUUUUUUUUUUACUGGCAAGAUUCGUCCUGAUGUGAAAUGGCCGCUCUCUCU